AUCUCAUGGAAGAGAUAAGAUAAGAGACCUUGACUUCUUGAAUAAUAAUAUAAAAAUUUUGAAUAAAUAUUAUUAUUAAUUAUUCUUGGUAGAACAUACUUUCCUGAAUAAAGGUUAACAAGUUUCACAGCUAACAACAUUAUGACAAGUUAACCGUUGGUUCGCAUCAUAUGUAUACGUAUUUUGAUUAGAUCCUGUAACUUGGUGGUAGUGUUGAUAUAAGUUAUCUUACACCAAAGAGGAAUCUUUGUUUAUACAUUAUACAGUUUUAACAGCUUAACAUGUUGAGUUGUAAAAAUUGAUGAACCUUGAUAAUUUCACUGAAAGAAUGGAAGAACAAUUCCAAAACAUAUGACGCUUCUUUAUCCUUUAUCAUGAGAAGGAAUUUUAAGGCAAUAUACAAGUUUUUCUUCAUCUCAGGAAUAACAAUUGUAUGUACCGUUUUAAUAUAUAAAAUUGUAAUAAGAAGGCUCAAACAUGAAAUUCCAUCACGGAAAUCUUCUCUAAGCAAAACGGUAUUAGGUCCAGAAGAUGUACUGAUAUUGAAUGGCGAGAAAAUAGAUUGGCAUAACUAUGCGUUGAUUGAAGAUGAUUUCAAGAGAAAAGGACCUGGAGAACAAGGAAAACCAUACGUUUUAAAAAAUAAUGAGAUGGACAAUUAUGAAGCAUUAUACAAAAUGAAUGGAUUCAAUGCUGCAUUGAGUGAUAAGAUAGCAUUAGAUAGAUCGGUUCCUGAUAUAAGACAUCCUGGGUGCAAAAACAAGAAAUACCUGAGAAAAUUACCUAAUGUUAGUGUUAUUGUUCCCUUUCAUAAUGAGCAUUGGAGCACUCUACUAAGGACUGCUCAUAGUGUGGUUAAUAGAUCGCCACCAGAACUUCUGCAAGAAGUUAUAUUGGUAGAUGAUGCUAGUACAAAAGAUUUUAGCAGAAAAAAAUUAGAUGAUUAUUUAGCUUCGAACUUGAGUAAAGUACGUGCUAUUCAUUUACCAGUUAGAAGUGGUUUGAUAAGAGCUAGAUUAGCAGGAGCUAAAGAAGCAAUUGCAGAUGUAUUGGUUUUUUUAGAUAGCCAUACUGAAGCUAACGUAAAUUGGUUGCCUCCAUUAUUAGAACCCAUUGCUCAAGAUUACAAGACAUGUGUGUGCCCAUUCAUUGAUGUAAUUCAGUAUGAAAAUUUUGAGUACAAGGCCCAAGAUGAAGGAGCUCGAGGAGCAUUCGACUGGGAAUUUUUUUAUAAAAGAUUACCUUUACUUCCAGAAGAUCUUGAGCAUCCAACUGAACCGUUCAAGAGUCCGGUAAUGGCUGGAGGACUAUUUGCAAUAAGUGCUAAAUUUUUCUGGGAAUUGGGUGGUUAUGAUGAAGGUUUGGAUAUUUGGGGAGGUGAACAGUACGAGCUGAGUUUCAAAAUAUGGCAGUGCGGCGGUCAGAUGUUAGAUGCUCCUUGUUCAAGAGUGGGACAUAUUUAUCGAAAAUAUGCUCCUUUCCCGAAUCCAGGUAAAGGAGACUUUGUUGGCAGGAACUACAAGAGGGUUGCUGAAGUUUGGAUGGAUGAAUAUGCACAAUAUCUGUAUAUGCGUAGGCCUCAUUAUAAGUCAAUCAAUCCAGGAAACUUGACAAAACAAAAAGAAAUAAGGAAAUCCCUACAUUGUAAGCCAUUCAAAUGGUUCAUGCAAAAAGUCGCCUUCGAUUUGCCCCUGAAAUAUCCGCCUAUAGAACCAGAUGACUUUGGUUCGGGAGAGGUGAGAAAUGUGGGUGUACCUGAAUUAUGCGUUGAUGCAGGCGAUAAGGAUAAAGAUUCUGUUAUUAAAAUAUCAAAAUGUGCCGAUAGUAUUGCAAAAAAAGCUGAUCAAAAUUUCACACUCACUUGGCACAAAGAUGUUCGUGUGAAAGGUAAAUCACUUUGUUGGGAUGUAUCAGAUCUCAAUGAUAAAGCUGAUGUUACAUUAUUUCCAUGCCAUGGAAUGAAAGGAAAUCAAUAUUGGAAGUAUGAUAUAGAUAAGCAAUGGUUCAUGCAUGGAAUGAAUGCAAGAUGUUUAGAUUGUGAUCCUGGAACCAUGAAAUUGUUUGUACGUAACUGUGAUGAUUCUUCUAAAACUCAGAAGUGGAGACUGGAACAUGUAAAUCUAACAAUGCUAGUAAACUGGGACAAUAUUGGAGUAGUAUAAUAAACAACUGUGCCAUUAAAUAGUUUUUCGAAAAUUUUAUAUCAUUCAGUACUGAUUCAACUAAUCGACAGUUUGGCCACUUACUUUAUUCACAAAAAUAUUGUAACUCAUCAAAAAACAAUACCCCUGAUUUAUAUUGAAUAAAUAUUUUCAUGAAAAUUUA